GUGGACAUGGUCACGGUCCAUACGACAUUGCUCGUGUGCAAGUGGAGUUACCAAGCAACCGGAUGAGUUCAUCUCGAAAAGGUAUUGACCGAUAUCGAUUGUAGCUCGUCCUGGCAGCUUCUGGCCUAUUUCCGGUUAGAACAUUCACACUUUUUUCCCGAGGAAUCUCAUCUACUUAUCGGACCCAACACUGUUGUUUCGCAUCAUGACAUUGCCUGUGAGCUGUGUUGCCCUAUCAACGUGACCACCCGCAACGCCGCAGGCAACGUUUGCCUUCCACAAUGGCGACCACCACCCCGACUGGCCUUUUGCGCAAGAAAAGGAACUUCAAGGCCCUCCAGCUUCCCCCGACGCCUAUAGAGGCCGCCCCGAAUGGCCUAAAUGUGCCUACUCCGCAGCGAACUGGCAUGCGCUCGGCCCUAUCAACUACGCUUGCCGACCUCAAUGCAAAUUCAAAUACCAGCGAGACCGAGCCAAAUAAACGAUUCGGCACGCUGCAAAACGAUGAUUUCAGGAACUUGGAGGAGCUGGGAACCGGGAACGGUGGGAGCGUUAUCAAGGUCGAACAUUUGUCGACAGGAGUAAUCAUGGCCAAGAAGAUCGUCCUGAUUGACGCUAAACCUGCCGUGCGGAAACAAAUUCUUCGCGAAUUGCAUAUCAUGUACGAUUGCGACUCGGUGUACAUCGUGUCUUCGUAUGGUGCAUAUCUCACCGAGCCCAAUAUCUGUAUUUGCAUGGAAUUCAUGGACAAGGGCUCCUUUGAUGGUGUCUACAAGAGGAAUGGCCCCAUUGACAUCCGAGUGGUUGGCAAAGUCGCGUUCUGUGUGCUGGAGGGUUUGCGCUACCUCUACGACGUUCACAGGAUCAUACAUCGAGACAUAAAGCCCUCCAAUAUUCUACUAAACUCCGCUGGCGAAAUCAAACUCUGUGAUUUUGGAGUCUCUGGCGAGUUGAUCAAUUCCAUCGCAAAUACCUUCGUGGGGACAUCGAUUUAUAUGAGUCCUGAACGUAUCCAAGGUGGAGAUUACUCCGUCAAGUCCGAUAUAUGGUCUCUCGGAAUAACUCUAAUCGAACUCGCACAUGGUCGGUUUCCUUUCAACGACUCAGACUCGGACGACGAGGAUGAUAUGAUGGAAGACUCCCUCCGCCCUCCUACUAUUACCCCCGACAGCCCGUUCAGUCGGCGGAGAAGCAGAGGUGUAUCGCUUCAUGGAUCACUCAUGACCAUGAGCAUCAUUGAGUUGAUGCAUCAGAUUGUCAAGGAGCCGGCACCGAGGCUUAUGGCAAUCGGACCGGAUGGGAGGAGACGGUUCCCCGUCGAGGCGGAGGAGCUCGUUGAUGCCUGCUUGGACAAAGAGCCAGAGAAGAGGAGCAUGCCGGGUGGGUUGGCGCAAUUCAAAUGGAUAGAGAUGUCCAAGAAUGAUCCCAUAGAUUUGAAGGCGUGGGCUGCUACUACCUAGAACAAUUCAUUGGCUCUGUGUUAUGUAGGUGUAUGUGUACCAUUUUCGCGCUAUUAUUCUUGGAUGUAUAAGCAUCGGAAACUGAUAACGGUGACAUAGAAGUGUGUACGUGGAAGUAAUACAUUAGAAGUUAUGAACUCA